AUGAUGCUCCAUGAAGGUGAAAUUAAAGUAGCCAGCAUAGUAAUUUUCUCAUUGUUGUGUCUGCAGUGGAUUACCACAUAUGCUGCAGUGAGUGGCAUUUUAAAGCCAGGGGAGAUUCUUGAUCACUCAAGGAAACUAUGUUCAGAAAAGCAAAAUUUCUGUCUGAAAUUUGAAGCUUUUGAGUCUGACCCAGGAAACACAUACUUAGUCAUUCAAAACACACACAGUCCUACCAGAUAUGCAGAUUGGAUAGCCAAUAGAAAUGACCCUAUUGACAAUGAUUCAGGGGUUCUAACAUUGAACCACUCAGGUUCUUUGAUAAUCACUAGUCAAGAAGGGAAGAAGCCAAUAACAGUGUAUUCUCCUGUUUCAGCUACCAACAAAACUGUUGCUGUCACCCUUUUGGAUUCUGGAAACUUGAUCCUACAAGAAUAUCAUGACAAUGGAUCUAUGAAGCAAGUGAUGUGGCAAAGCUUUGAUCAUCCUUCAGAAAUGCUGCUACCUGGUAUGAAACUAGGGGUUAACCACAAGACUGGUAAGUCAUGGUCUGUAAUAGCAUCAGUUUCUACAGGCCACCCAGCUCCAGGUUCUUUUACACUUGAAUGGGAGCCAAAGAAACACCAAUUGAUAAUAAGGAGGCAAGGAAAGAUAUAUUGGACAAGUGGGACACUGAGAAACAAUAGAUUUUUUGAGAACAUUCCAAAGGAAGUACAGCUCAAGUACCAAUACAACAUUGUCUCAAAUAAGGAUGAGGAGUCCUUCAGUUACAAUAGCCAAAAUGAUGAAUCACAGUGGGUGCUUUAUAGUGAUGGAAACUUAAUUGAUCCAAGAGUUGGAGUUAUUGCUAGAGCUCAAACUUGUUAUCGCUCCUUCAACAACAAAGGAGGUUGUCAAAUAUUGUCCCAACCCAAGUGUAGGCAUCCUGGUGAUAAAUUUCAAGCUAGUUUUGGAUAUUUUGAUCAUCAAUCAUCCCCAGAUGGUUUUUUCUUGGAAGACAAGAAUAUUACACUGACUGAAAGUGAUUGUAUGGAUAUUUGCUGGAACAAUUGCAGCUGUGUUGGGUUCAAUACUUAUUUUCCCAAUACAACUGGCUGUAGAUAUUAUUAUGGUGAUUGGGUGCCUACUAUAGUGAAAUCUUCUGGAUUAAGUGUCAAUAUUCUUGUAAAGGCACACAAAGAUAUGAAGAAGUGGAUAAAAAUUGGUCUUCUUAUAGGAACAGCUGUACUCAUAAUUAGCCUUGGCAUUUUCUUCCUAUGCCUGAAAAGAAGAAAAUCUGCACUUCAAGAGGGGAAGAGAAGAAAAAUGAAGAAUGACAUGCUCAAUGUCGUGGUGUCUGAUAGAUCUAACAGUAUUAUUGAUGUUCAAAAUGAAGCAAUGAAAGGGAAUGAUUUAAGAAGCUUCAGUUAUGCAUCAAUCAUGGCAGCUACAAACAGGUUCAAACCAGAAAACAAGUUAGGAGAAGGAGGUUUUGGACCUGUAUAUAAGGGAUUGUUACCUCAGGGAGAAGAAAUAGCAAUAAAAAAACUUUCAAAAGGUUCAGGGCAAGGAGUCAUUGAGUUUAAAAAUGAGUUAGUUCUCAUAUCUGAACUCCAACACAUGAAUAUUGUCCAAUUGUUGGGUUGCUGCAUUCAUGAAGACCAGAGAAUGCUAAUCUAUGAGUAUAUGCCUAACAAAAGCUUGGACUUCUUUUUAUUUGAUUCUACUCAAAGCAAAAAGCUAGACUGGAAAAAACGUUUCAACAUAAUUGAUGGAAUUGCUCAAGGAUUGCUCUAUCUCCAUAAGUAUUCAAGAUUAAGAGUAGUACAUAGAGAUCUGAAAGCUAGUAACAUUCUUCUUGAUGCAAAUAUGAAUCCCAAAAUUUCAGAUUUUGGUAUGGCCAGAAUUUUCACACAAGGAGAAUCAGAUUUAAACACUAAAAGAAUUGUUGGGACAUAUGGUUACAUGUCACCUGAGUAUGCCAUGGAGGGAAUUUUCUCUAUCAAGUCAGAUGUGUAUGCUUUUGGAGUCUUACUCCUUGAAAUUAUUAGUGGUAGAAGAAAUAACAGCUUCUACAAUGCUGAAGGGCCACUCAAUCUAGUAGGACAUGCUUGGGAACUAUGGAGACAAGGCCAAGGACUAGAACUAGUAGACUCAAAUUUAUCAGAAUCAUUGAUUCAAGAUGAAGCAUUAAGAUGCAUUCAUGUUGGUCUUUUAUGUGUAGAAGAAAGUGCAGCUGAUCGACCAACCAUGUCAGAGAUAAUACCCAUGUUGACUAGUGAAAGUACAUCACUUCCUUUGCCUAGAAGACCAGCAUUUUACCGUGGAAGAAAGAUCAAGGAGGAAUACAAUUCUCCUAAUGAUAAUGAAACUUAUUCUGUGAAUGACAGUUUAAAGCCAGGGGAGAUUCUUGAUCACUCAAGUAGACUAUGUUCAUCAAAGCAAAAAUUCUGUCUGAAAUUUGAAGCUCUUGAGGGCUCUAACAUCCACUCAAGUGCUUUGAUAAUCACUAGUCAAUAUAGGAAGAAGCCCAUAACAGUCUAUUCUCCUGCUCUUGCUACCAGCAAAACGGUUGCUGUCACCCUUUUGGAUUCUGGAAAUUUGAUCCUACAAGAAUAUGAUGUCAAUGGAUAUAUUAAGCAAUUGAUGUGGCAAAGCUUUGAUCAUCCUUCAGAUGUGCUGCUACCAGCAUCAGUUUCUGUAGGCCACCCACCUUCAGGUUCCUUUGCACUUGAAUGGGAGCCAAAGAAACAUCAAUUGAUCAUAAGAAGGCAAGGAAAGAUAUAUUGGACAAGUGGGACACUGAGAAACAAAAGAUUUUUUGAGAACAUUCCAAAGAAAGUACAGAUCAAGUACCAAUACAACAUUGUCUCAAAUAAGGAUGAGGAGUCCUUCAGUUACAUAAGUCAAAAUGAUGAAUCACAGUGGGUGCUAUUUGAUGAUGAUGGAAACUUGAGGGAUACAAGAGGUGAAGUUAUUGCUAGAGCUCACACUAGUUAUCACUCCUUCAACAACAAAGGAGGUUGUCAAAUAUUGUCCCAACCCAAGUGUAGGCAUCCUGGUGAUAAAUUUCAAGCUAGUUUUGGAUAUUUUGAUCACCAAUCCUCCCCUGAUGGUUUUUUCACGGAAGACAAGAAUAUUACACUGACUGAAAGUGAUUGUAUGGCUAUUUGCUGGAACAAUUGCAGCUGUGUUGGAUUCAAUACUUAA